AUGAAUCACACAGACGAACAUUCGAUGGAAACAACGUUAGAACCGAAUGAAUCCGACAAAAAAGAAGAACUAUAUUUGAAUUUUCCGAGCGAACAAGAGAAAAAUGAGCAGACCUCUGAAGUGACAAACAAAAAUCACAUAAUCCGGAAAAGAAGACUUGGCGAAGCUUCAGAAAUGGUCAACGCUGGUGAAGACCUGGAUGUGUUGAACAAGCGACAAGCAAUUCAAAAAGAAGAGCAAUCAAUUUCAUCCUCAGCUGGACAGAGAUUUCUAGCGGGUGGUGUGAAUAAGGAAGAACUGAAGAAAGCGAUUGUCUCGGUCCUGAAAUAUGGAGUAAACGUUCAAGAGCUUGAAAAUGAGAUCGAUCGCGCAAUAAACGAUCCACUGAAAUCAAAAGCGCUAACAAAUAAAAUGCUUCCUUCUCUCGAAAAAGGCAAUGUUGAGUUCUCUGCUGAAAAUGCUACUUUCGAUGUUAACAAACUCCUGGACUCGAUCUGCGAUUUCAUAAACAAUCAGCAACCAUUUAAAAUUCGAGAUGAAGAGUUUGAAGUGACAAAGUGCAUGCAAGAUUCUCUUGUUUAUGUGCCGGUUCAAUGGGAAGCAAAAGUUAUGAUCGACGUGAAUAACACAAUGAUUCAGUUCAUCGCAGAGAUCAAUCUCGAUAAUCCAACGAGCCGAAAUCUUUACCCGUGUCUACCAUCGGAUGCCCAUUUUGGUUUUGAAUUUAAGUACAAGUCUGACGAAGAUUGGACUGAAGAGAAAAAUUCAGCACUGAAAGGAAUCCCGAAAAUCAAGGGACAUGUUAUCAUGGAGGACAUUGAAAGAAGAGAUUCACUACCAAAAAGGACAAGAGAAAAAGCGAUUUUUUGGAAAGAUAUCCCAACUGGCGCAUUGAUUUAUAACGAUGAUUGGAUUGUAACUGGAAACCGGAAUCCUCAUGAGAAAUCCGAUAAGAAUGCUAACAGAAUUGAGAAUCCAGAACAACGAGAAAUUUCUCCUUCUGUC